AUGUGUCUUGUAGCAAUUGAUAUCAGUUAUAAGUGAGGACAAAAGCAUGGGAUCCUCAUACAAACCAUUGAACUAUCCAAGAGACAUGAUAUGAACUGUAUAUAGUAUAACUACGUUUUGGCAGAAUGGUGUGUUUUGCUUACCAUAUCAUACACACCUAGAGAUAGGAAUCAGCAGUGACGUUAACAUUCCCUGUAACACUGUGAUUGUAUUUUUGAUGACGGUCUUCAGAGUUUCAUUUGAUAUUGUAGCUAUAAUCAUCCAAGUGUUAAGGAGUAUUGUGGAAAGUAUUGUAGAUAUAAUCAUCCAAGUGUCAAGGAGUAUUGUGGAAAGUAUUGUAGCUAUAAUCAUCCAAGUGUCAAGGAGUAUUGUGGAAAGUAUUGUAACUAUAAUCAUCCAAGUGUCAAGGAGUAUUGUGGAAAGUAUUGUAGCUAUAAUCAUCCAAGUGUCAAGGAGUAUUGUGGAAAGUAUUGUAGCUAUCAUCAUCCAAGUGUCAAGGAGUAUUGUGGAAAGUAUUGUAGCUAUAAUCAUCCAAGUGUCAAGGAGUAUUGUGGAAAGUAUUGUAGCUAUAAUCAUCCAAGUGUCAAGGAGUAUUGUGGAAAGUAUUGUAGCUAUAAUCAUCCAAGUGUCAAGGAGUAUUGUGGAAAGUAUUGUAGCUAUAAUCAUCCAAGUGUCAAGGAGUAUUGUGGAAAGUAUUGUAGCUAUAAUCAUCCAAGUGUCAAGGAGUAUUGUGGAAAGUAUUGUAGCUAUAAUCAUCCAAGUGUCAAGGAGUAUUGUGGAAAGUAUUGUAGCUAUAAUCAUCCAAGUGUCAAGGAUUAUUGUGGAAAGUAUUGUAGCUAUAAUCAUCCAAGUGUCAAGGAGUAUUGUGGAAAGUUUUGAAGCUAUAAUCAUCCAAGUGUCAAGGAGUACUGUGGAAAGUAUUGUAGCUAUAAUCAUCCAAGUGUCAAGGAGUAUUGUGGAAAGUAUUGUAGCUAUAAUCAUCCAAGUGUCAAGGAGUAUUGUGGAAAGUAUUGUAGCUAUAAUCAUCCAAGUGUCAAGGAGUAUUGUGGAAAGUAUUGUAGCUAUAAUCAUCCAAGUGUCAAGGAGUAUUGUGGAAAGUAUUGUAGCUAUAAUCAUCCAAGUGUCAAGGAGUAUUGUGGAAAGUAUUGUAGCUAUUAUCAUCCAAGUGUCAAGGAGCAUUGUGGAAAGUAUUGUAGCUAUAAUCAUCCAAGUGUCAAGGAGUAUUGUGGAAAGUAUUGUAGCUAUAAUCAUCCAAGUGUCAAGGAGUAUUGUGGAAAGUAUUGUAGCUAUAAUCAUCCAAGUGUCAAGGAAUUAUUGUGGAAAUUAUUGUAGCUAUAAUCAUCCAAGUGUCAAGGAGUAUUGUGGAAAGUAUUGUAGCUAUAAUCAUCCAAGUGUCAAGGAGUAUUGUGGAAAGUUUUGUAGCUAUAAUCAUCCAGGUGUCAAGGAGUACUGUGGAAAGUAUUGUAGCUAUAAUCAUCCAAGUGUCAAGGAGUAUUGUGGAAAGUAUUGUAGCUAUAAUCAUCCACGUGUCAAGGAGUAUUGUGGAAAGUAUUGUAACUAUAAUCAUCCAUGUGUCAAGGAGUAUUGUGGAAAGUAUUGUAGCUAUUAUCAUCCAAGUGUCAAGGAGCAUUGUGGAAAGUAUUGUAGCUAUAAUCAUCCAAGUGUCAAGGAGUAUUGUGGAAAGUAUUGUAGCUAUAAUCAUCCAAGUGUCAAGGAGUAUUGUGGAAAGUAUUGUAGCUAUAAUCAUCCAAGUGUCAAGGAAUUAUUGUGGAAAUUAUUGUAGCUAUAAUCAUCCAAGUGUCAAGGAGUAUUGUGGAAAGUAUUGUAGCUAUAAUCAUCCAAGUGUCAAGGAGUAUUGUGGAAAGUUUUGUAGCUAUAAUCAUCCAGGUGUCAAGGAGUACUGUGGAAAGUAUUGUAGCUAUAAUCAUCCAAGUGUCAAGGAGUAUUGUGGAAAGUAUUGUAGCUAUAAUCAUCCACGUGUCAAGGAGUAUUGUGGAAAGUAUUGUAACUAUAAUCAUCCAUGUGUCAAGGAGUAUUGUGGAAAGUAUUGUAACUAUAAUCAUCCAAGUGUCAAGGAGUAGUGUGGAAAGUAUUGUAGCUAUAAUCAUCCAAGUGUCAAGGAGUAUUGUGGAAAGUAUUGUAGCUAUAAUCAUCCAAGUGUCAAGGAGUAUUGUGGAAAGUAUUGUAGCUAUAAUCAUCCAAGUGUCAAGGAGUAUUGUGGAAAGUAUUGUAGCUAUAAUCAUCCAAGUGUCAAGGAGUAUUGUGGAAAGUAUUGUAGCUAUAAUCAUCCAUGUGUCAAGGAGUAUUGUGGAAAGUUUUGUAGCUAUAAUCAUCCAAGUGUCAAGGAGUACUGUGGAAAGUAUUGUAGCUAUAAUCAUCCAAGUGUCAAGGAGUAUUGUGGAAAGUAUUGUAGCUAUAAUCAUCCAAGUGUCAAGGAGUAUUGUGGAAAGUAUUGUAACUAUAAUCAUCCAUGUGUCAAGGAGUAUUGUGGAAAGUAUUGUAGCUAUAAUCAUCCAAGUGUCAAGGAGUAUUGUGGAAAGUAUUGUAGCUAUAAUCAUCCACGUGUGAAGGAGUAUUGUGGAAAGUAUUGUAGCUAUAAUCAUCCAUGUGUCAAGGAGUAUUGUGGAAAGUAUUGUAACUAUAAUCAUCCGAGUGUCAAGGAGUAUUGUGGAAAGUAUUGUAACUAUAAUCAUCCAUGUGUCAAGGAGUAUUGUGGAAAGUAUUGUAGCUAUAAUCAUCCAAGUGUCAAGGAGUAUUGUGGAAAGUAUUGCAGCUAUAAUCAUCGAAGUGUCAAGGAGUAUUGUGGAAAGUAUUGUAACUAUAAUCAUCCAUGUGUCAAGGAGUAUUGUGGAAAGUAUUGUAGCUAUAAUCAUCCAAGUGUCAAGGAGUAUUGUGGAAAGUAUUGUAGCUAUAAUCAUCCACGUGUGAAGGAGUAUUGUGGAAAGUAUUGUAGCUAUAAUCAUCCAUGUGUCAAGGAGUAUUGUGGAAAGUAUUGUAACUAUAAUCAUCCGAGUGUCAAGGAGUAUUGUGGAAAGUAUUGUAACUAUAAUCAUCCAUGUGUCAAGGAGUAUUGUGGAAAGUAUUGUAGCUAUAAUCAUCCAAGUGUCAAGGAGUAUUGUGGAAAGUAUUGCAGCUAUAAUCAUCGAAGUGUCAAGGAGUAUUGUGGAAAGUAUUGUAACUAUAAUCAUCCAAGUGUCAAGGAGUAUUGUGGAAAGUAUUGAAACUAUAAUCAUCCAAGUGUCAAGGAGUAUUGUGGAAAGUAGUGUAGCUAUAAUCAUCCAAGUGUCAAGGAGUAUUGUGGAAAGUAUUGUAGCUAUAAUCAUCCAAGUGUCAAGGAGUACUGGGAAAGUAUUGUAGCUAUAAUCAUCCAAGUGUCAAGGAGUAUUGUGGAAAGUAUUGUAGCUAUAAUCAUCCACGUGUCAAGGAGUAUUGUGGAAAGUAUUGUAGCCACCAACAAUGGGAAAUUGUUAGGACUCCAAAGCCAAAUAUCAGAAUAAUGAGUGAGUUGGGUUAAACCCAUCUUUUAACAGUAUUUAAGUAUUGCGGACUGAAUCUGUUAUUAGGAUCAAUGAGUAUAUCAUGGGUUACAGCUCCCCGAAUAAUCUGACAGGGCCACUGGUAUGGUAUUGCGAUCCGUGUAAGAUAUUUUCAGCCUUAGAAUAAAUAAUGCCUAAUCAGAGAAGAUGCCCCUCAUGUGACAUCAACGGUCUAGUGAUAAGUGAGUAGACAUAGGUUCGUUGUUCUUGUCCCUAUCUCAUUAAAAUCAUAUCGAAGUUCUCGCUGCCGCUAAACAAAGCGAGGGCUAAGAUCUGAUUUUAAUGAGAUUGUUCUUGUCCCUACAUGCCUCGUGACAGACGCUAGAGGAACUUUGCUUUCACAGAAUAUGUGUAGGAUAAAGCACGGCUCCGAGGUUGGGGUCGGGAAAGUAAGACCUCGGCAAGAGGGUAUUGGCAAGGUUAGAACAAGGUUUUCUUAGGGUCAUUAUGUGAAAAUGAGCUGUAUCGUAAACAACAGGCAAAAUCUGCUUUAGGUUUAUAAAUAUUGUAAAAGGACGUCAGAUUUAUCUUGUUGGUUUCUUCUCUAUUCAUAGGCUACUUUUGGUAUGAAUCAACUUAUAUGUCCGUCAACGAUGCGUGCAAAGUAUGUCUAAAAGCAGUGCUGACUGGUUUGGUAGAAGGCUGCCAGGUGUCUUUGUGUUACUUGUUAGAGAAUUAGUGACCCAAAAACAUUUUUCUCUAGCGAUUUAAUGACACACUUUUAUCAUGUAUUGAUUGGAUAUAUGUUAUUUUCAUACAUGUUUUUUUUUUUUACCGUAUUCAUAUGUUGGAAAUGUUUUUGUGACACAUGCGGGCUUAUCUGGAACUUGUAGAUACUUCUCAUGUAUUUAUGGUCAUUUUGGCCACCUCAAUAAGUGUACAUAUCUGGUCGUAAAUACGAGGGGUGUUCAUUAAAGAUUUAUCCUAAACCA